AUGCGAGUAAAUCAUUUAUUUGGAUGGUUUUAUAUUUUGUUUAUUGUUUCAUUUUUAUGUUUAAUAUCUACUGAUGGAAAAGGAGUGUUCGGUAGUGGAAGAGGUGGAGGAUUUAAAAGUAGUUCUCGAGGUGGCGGAUUAUUCGGCAGUUCUCGAGGUGGCGGAUUAUUUGGCAGCUCAAGAGGUGCAUCGAGUUAUCAUCGUCCAAAUAAUUAUGGAAGUUAUCAUAGUAUGAGUAAACCUCGUUCAGGAAGUCGUUUUAGAAGUAAUGCUAUGACUUUUGGUGCUGGAGCACUAGGUGGUGUAGCAGCCUAUUCAUUAAUGAAAUCGUUGUCGUCACAUCGUCAUUAUCGUCCUGGAUAUUAUGAACCUGGAUAUGGAACUGGAGAAACCUGUGUAAAUAAUGAUUAUAUGAAUGGUAUACGUUUCGGACAAUUUCGUUGUCCACUUAAUGGCUUUCCAUAUGAAGCAAAAUUUUGCUGUGGUGAUUAUGGAAAACAAUACUGUUGUAGCCAUGCAGGCUAUGAUGGAUAA